AGGAGGAAACAUAUGCAAAGCGUUUCUGAACCCCACCUCUAUAAAAAAAUCUUAAAAGAUCAAAACUACUUUAGUUUCUUCAACACAGCAAACAGCUAGCACUCUCAAUGCUUUUUCAAAGGCUUGUUUGGUGCACAUACUAGGAAAGAUGACAAAGUGAGGAAAGAAAGUUAUUAAAAGAGCAAAAGAAGGAAGGGAAAGUAAAGGAAUUUUUUUCCUUCUUUUAUAGUUCUCUUGAAGCUGGGCAUCGAUUGAAGUGUUUUACAGACGGCCAACAGUAGCACAGCAAAUGAUGGCCGGAAACCCUAACUGGUGGAGCAUUCAUCCACCAUCUCUCUUUCCUCAAUAUGCGCUUGGAUCUUCUUCACUUUCUUUAAAUCCUUUGGCAGAUAACCAAGAGCCUCAGCAGCCAUGGAGCCAACUGCAAUUAGCAAAAUUUUCGGCAGGCGAUGACGAAAGGUUUGGUCUGAGUUAUUUGCAGAAUAAAAAGUUAGAAAAUUGGGAGGAGCAAAUCUUAAAUCCGUCUCCAAGGGUACCUGUUCUUGAUGUAAUUCUAAAGCAAGAGGUUUCCCAAAACAACAACUUCUACGGUCAUGGAGAGGAAGAAUUUCACGCACCUAGAUCAUCAGCUUGGUCACAGAUCAUGCCAGUUUCUUCCCCGAGGUCAUAUGUCACUAGUUCCACUAAUAACCAUAUAUUUGACUUCUCUUAUAACAAGGUGAAAGGCAGAAAUCAACAUCCAGAUCAUCCAUCUGAGAGUGCUAGCACAACCGCCGGUGGGAUAUUUAAGAAGGCUAGGAUUCAUUCCCCUUCAAGCCAACCACCUCUUAAGGUGAGAAAGGAGAAGCUAGGUGAUAAAAUAACAGCACUUCACCAGCUAGUUUCCCCAUUCGGAAAGACUGACACUGCUUCUGUUUUGUUAGAAGCAAUGGGGUAUAUCAGAUUCCUUCUGGGUCAAAUUGAGGCUCUCAGCUCCCCUUACUUGGGCAAUACAUCAAAAGACCCGACGAACCAGCAGUGUGAUACCCAAGAUCAUCUAAUUAAUCAGCCAAAGGACCUAAGGAGUAGAGGGUUGUGCUUGGUUCCUAUGUCUUGCACCCAGCACGUAGGAAGUGAGAAUGGUGCUGAUUAUUGGGCUCCGACUUUCGGCAGUGGGUUUUGAGAUCAGAUAUAUAGGAAGCGUACGCACGUGUACCUGGUGCAUGCAUGCAUGCAUGCAUUGAGCUUAAUUAUAAUUAACGUGGAAUUAAUGAUAUAACAUCAUGCGAAGUUAGUCGGCCUCCAAUAAUCUAAGGCUGCGUACUUCUCGUAAUGCUAUGCAUUAAUUUUACAUUCGCGCCAAGAGUUAACUCAGUACUUUAGCAGUACUAGCUACUUCCAGUAAACACUUAAUUUCCAGUGUAAUCUCUAAUUUCAGACGAUUAAGCUAUAUAUAUAGCUAGUAUCUUAAUUUUCCUUGAAGUUGAAGCCAUAUUGUAUAAUAUAUAUAGGAUACAAGCUAUAUAUAUAAUAGGCUUCGGGAAUGCGGAAUUCUCAGUCGGUAUUUUGUUAGAAGAGAAAUGAUAUUUACAGUUGUGGUUGUGCAAGCGUCGCGCAGUCUUUUUGAAAAAAAUGAAUUGAUAUGGAAUCUACAUAAAAAAAAAAAACUAACUUUUUAAUCGUAGACCCCACUCUUUUUCAAAACGAGUGCGCGACAUUUGCACAAUUCAUAACUUUAUGUAUUAUUACUCUUUGUUGGAAUUAGAUCAAUGAUCUUUAUGUAUUAUUACUCUUUGUUGGAAUUAGAUCAAUGACCUGAUCUUGCUCUUA